AUGCUGGUUCGUGGAAUAUGUGUGUGCACUGAUGAGAAUAUAGCUAGCUCAUCAAGAGACAGAACCAUAAGGAUAUGGUCGCUGGAUUCUGAUAACCGCAAGUAUUCAUCUUCUAAAAUUCUGCUGGGCCAUACAAGCUUCGUCGGACCGCUUGCAUGGAUUCCGCCGAGUGAGGAUUACCCCGAAGGCAGGCUCGUCUCCGGGAGCAUGGACACUUCCGUUCUCGUAUGGAACCUGGUAAAUGGAGAGGUUGUUCAGGCAUUGAAGGGUCAUAAGAUGCAAGUCACUGGUGUUACCCUUGAUGAUGAUGACAUAGUUUCGUCUUCAGUUGAUCAAACUCUGAAACGGUGGAGAAACGGUCAACUUGUUGAAUCUUGGGAGGCACACCAGUCUCCCGUCCAGACAGUCAUAAAGCUGCCAUCUGGUGAGCUCGUUUCAGGUUCAAGUGACACCACUCUCAAACUCUGGAAGGGGAAAACAAGUGAACGGACUUUUGCAGGGCAUGCAGAUACUGUUAGAGGUUUAGCCGUGAUGCCUGAUUUAGGAUUUCUUUCAGCAUCACAUGAUGGCUCAAUCAGGUUAUGGGCUCUAAGUGGCGAAGUUCUUUUGGAGAUGGUUGGCCACACCUCCAUUGUGUAUUCAGUUGAUGCACAUGCAUCUGGACUUAUCGUUAGUGGCAGUGAAGAUAGAUAUGCCAAGAUAUGGAAAGAUGGAGUAUGUGUCCAGAGUUUGGAACACCCAGGCUGUGUCUGGGAUGCCAAGUUCUUGGAGACCGGGGAUAUUGUGACUGCAUGUUCUGAUGGGGUGGUUCGUGUGUGGACAGUACGCGGUGACAUGAUUGCCGAUCAGAUGGAGAUUGAUGCCUAUGAUUCCCAACUUUCUCAGUACAAACUGAGCAGGAAAAAGGUGGGGGGAAUGAAACUUGACGAACUGCCAGGGCUUGAUGCUUUGACAUUACCAGGUACCAGUGAUGGCCAGACAAAAGUCGUGAGGGAAGGAGACAAUGGUGUUGCUUAUGCAUGGAAUAUGAGCGAACAGAGAUGGGACAAAAUUGGUGAGGUUGUUGAUGGUCCAGAUGGUGCGGCUGACCGUCCAAUCCACGAUGGCGUUCAGUAUGAUUUUGUUUUUGAUGUUGACAUUGGUGAUGGGGAACCUAUCCGGAAGCUACCUUACAAUCGAUCAGACAAUCCUUAUGAUGCAGCUGACAAGUGGCUUCUAAAAGAGAAUCUUCCCUUUGCAUAUCGACAGCAGAUUGUUGAAUUUAUAUUACAAAAUUCUGGGCAGAAAGACUUCAGUUUCAAUCCAUCUUUUCGCGAUCCCUUCACAGGCGCAAACGCUUAUGUGCCUGGGCAGUCAUCUCAGACAGCUGCAACUCCGACAAAACCUUUGUACAAGCACAUUCCAAAAAAAGGUGUGCUAGUUUUCGAUGUUGCCCAAUAUGACGGGAUUCUGAAAAAGAUGACAGAGUUCAACAAUGCAUUACAAUCUGACCCAGUAAAUAGUGACAAGUCCCUGACAGAAGCCGAAGUAUCCAGAGUAGGGGCAAUCGUUAAAAUACUCAAGGACACAUCACACUACCACUCUAGCAAUUUUGCUGACAUGGAUAUUGCUUUGCUUUUAAAAGUGCUACGAGCAUGGCCACCAGCAAUUAUGUUCCCUGCUACUGAUAUAUUCAGGAUGGUCGUGUUACAUCCUCAUGGAGCAAGCCUACUUAUCAAGCAUGUGGAAAACAACAAUGACCUGCUUUUGGAUGUGAUAAAGAAAGUCACAGGAGAUCCUGCUCUUCCUGCAAAUCUUUUAACAACUGUUCGUGUCCUAGUUAAUCUAUUCAAGAAUUCUUCAUUUCAUUACUGGCUACAGAGACAUCACAGUCAAAUUCUUGAUGCCUUCUCAAACUGUUAUUCAUCCCCAAAUAAGAACCUGCAGUUGGCUUAUUCGACGUUGCUUCUCAAUUAUGCAGUGCUAUUAAUCGAAAAGAAGGAUCAAGAAGGCCAAUCCCAAGUCCUUUCAGCAGCAUUGCAGAUUGCAGAAGAGGAAGCUGCAGACGUUGAUUCCAAGUUCCGGAGUUUGGUAGCAAUCGGCUCGCUGAUGCUUGAAGGCCUCGUGAAGAAGAUAGCGAUAGAUUUUGAUGUAGAGAGCAUUGCGAAAUCAGCAAAGUCCUCUAAGGAAGCCAAGAUUGCAGAAGUUGGUACGGAUAUCGAGCUUCUAAUUCGUCAGCCUUGAAAGAGAGACUUGUGAUUGCGCCCUAGAUUUAAGUUCCUUUCGCAAAUAUAGAUGCUUCUCUUUUCAUUUGAAACGCAAUGCAAAAUUUUCUUGCAGAGCUUUCAGAUUUCCUGAAAAUACAGAUUUGAAUAUUUAACAGUGAAACAAAGGAAAAAAAAAGAGAGACUGCUCUGUUUUUUUUUUUCAUGGUUUCCAUUUGGAGUAGAAUUUGAGAUCACCCAACAUGAGCAUUCUACUAAGAGAAACCCUAACGUUCUUCUUCUUCAAAUGCCAAUGCCUUGGCUUUAUCCUCUUCCCCAAGCUAAACCCAAAGUACUGCGGAAACUUCUUCAGCUCUUCGAUCUCUCUUUCCAUGUCGUAAACCAGAAACUCGAACUUGGGCCUCAAGUUAUCUUCCACGCUGUACCCGAAUAUCGCUGGGAUUCUCCCGCAGACUCUAGCUGCUUCCUCGUAUCCGAACCCUAUGCUCUUUAGGAACCUCAUCUUAGCUCUUAGCUUCUCCACCCUCGUGUUGAGCACGUGCGCGUUCGUCUUGCUCGCUCUGUUCAGAUUCUGUAACCCUAGCUCCUUUAGGUAAACCAGCGUCGGUCUCAAGCAGUACUCGACGUCGGAGAGGAGGAUGUUCGGGCAGUUCACGAUCAAUCCUCUGGAUUCCGCGGCGGAAGCUCCGAGCUCGCCGGUGAGAAAAUCGAAGACGGGAUCGAUUCUGGAGAUGUCGAAAGUCGGAGAGAAGAGCUGGGGACAGAGGAAGACGAGGCGAGGGAAAUCUUCGUCGGAGAUUCCCUUUGAUUUUAGAAAGUUCACGGCGGAUAGGAUAACGGGAAGGUUGUCAACCGGAGGGGCAAAACGGGGAUUUUGAGGGAUUACCCCGAGGGAAGAGAGGUAUCUUAGAUUUUCCCGGUGAGAGGUCUGGAAUUUGAGAUACAGAGGUCUAGAGUUCGGAGGAAGAGAGGAAGACGGCGUGAAUGAGGAGAGAGGUUGAAGAUGAAGUGAAGCAACGGUAACAGCAGAAUUAGCCAUUGGUUUCUUCGUCACUCGUGUUUAUCUUCAGCCCGGUUCGAUUUUAUAUCUGCAGAUAAACCAGAAAAUUAGUUUUAAAACCGGUUCUGUAUGAAAUAAGGAGGAAAUAACAGCCAAGUUUGUUCAAAUUCAAAAAUGGUUUGAACUAAACCGAACAAAAUCAACAUUGCCAUGUCAGCA